UUGUAAACUGAAAGCGUAUAACAGUUAUCAGGGAUCAGUGCACCCUACGUAUGUCAUUAAACAGAGCAAUACGCAGUAGAUUAUAUACACAGAGUCAGUUUUAUUUUAGACACUGAUAUAAAUGCAUGGUAUGCUAUAGGCAAUAUUUCCACCCAGACAUUUUUAAAAGAUAUAUGUAUUUCUUUGAAAGUGUCAUUCACUUUAAACCAAAUCACCUGCCGAUUAUACAUUUCAGUGACAUUAUACUACUGAAUUGAAAAGUAAGCUAAUGAAAACAAGUAAGAAAAAAACGUAUCCAAAAAUAUGUUCCAUGUAAAAUAUUGCAUAGCCUUACAAAAUUUAACAUUUUUGUACAUGGCUGACUACAAUUAACUUGCCGACGAAACAGAAAUGAAGCAAAACCUUGGGUUGUAAUAAUUAUAUCAACGGUCGGGGGAUAUUAGCCUAUGCAUGUUACCAUUAGAGACAAACUCCAAAGCUGAAAGUUACAGCCCAAAUGUUGAACUGAAAUCCUGUUUGCUAGAACAUCCAGGUUAAAUUAAGGUAGUAUUCUUUUGCAUAUGAACCUUAAUCUAAGACUGGCCAACAGUAAGAGUCCUAAUUAUGCAACGUAAUAAAACGCCUGCAUGUCGUUCUUCAUCUUUUUCUUAUUAGUCUAUACUAUUAUUAACAGUAGAUGCGUGUGCGUGUUAUAUGCGUGUAGAACUUGCAUCCCUUCCCUGCUUUGUGCCCCGUGCGGCAAAACAAUCAACUGCAUAAGUGUAAAAGAUGCAAGGUCAUUCAGAUCAAAGAAAACGUGUGCGAAAAUACGUUUGUUUCAAAUAUAUGUAUACAUAUAUAGUAUAUAUACCUAUACAAUCUUCCUUUCAUUUAACCUAUGUUUGAAUAAACGUGCUUCGCUAUCUAGUAUCAGGCGUAUUAUAGACUAGGACGCACAAGCACGCUCUGUCAUUUUAUCGCUGUUUUGAACGUCGGGGAGAACAUUUCACCAAAGCGGGAAUGUUUGAUCAGGCAAAUCUUCUGCAUCCCUCUAAAACCGAAACAUAACGUACACAUUUUCGAUGCUUGCUUCCGGUCUGUUGUCAAGACAACUAUAUCGCAAUCCAAACUUCAGGUUGCUAUUGGAGACAGAGACGCUUCGGACCGCGGAUCUGAUCGAGCCGGAGGCUUUAUAUUAGAUAUAUCUGCCUUAUAAUGUGGAAUCGCCAUCCUUAGGCUAUCGGACAGAUUUGAACGAUGAGUCAGCGGCAGGUUUUACAAGUUUUUGAACAAUACCAGAAAGCUAGGACCCAGUUUGUCCAAACAAUUGCGGAACUUGCAACAAGACCACAAAACAUAGAAACGCUACAAAAUGCAGGUGUACUGUCCCUGCUGCGGCCUCUUCUGCUGGAUGUGGUCCCAACUAUUCAGCAGACAGCAGCUUUGGCUCUGGGAAGGCUUGCCAACCACAACGAUGACCUGGCCGAGGCGGUUGUAAAGGGAGACGUCCUUCCGCAGCUUGUGUACUCUUUGGCGGAGCAAAACCGGUUUUAUAAAAAGGCAGCGGCGUUCGUGCUGCGGGCGGUGGGCAAGCACUCUCCCCAGCUGGCACAGGCCGUGGUGGACUGCGGGGCACUGGACGCCCUGGUUGCCUGCCUAGAGGAGUUCGACCCUGGGGUGAAGGAGGCAGCAGCCUGGGCACUAGGCAACAUUGCCCGCCACAACGGAGAGCUCUCCCAGGCGGUGGUGGAUGCGGGGGCCGUGCCGCUGUUGGUGCUGUGCAUCCAGGAGCCUGAACUGGCCCUGAAGAGGAUCGCCGCCUCCGCCCUCAGCGACGUCUCCAAGCACUCCCCGGAGCUGGCCCAGACCGUGGUGGACGCUGGAGCUAUUGCUCACUUGGCGCAGAUGAUCCUGAACCCUGAUACUAAGCUGAAGCGCCAAGUCUUCUCAGCCCUUGGGCAGAUCUCCAAGCACUCGGUGGAUCUGGCUGAGAUGGUGGUAGAGGCAGAGGUCUUCCCGGCUGCGCUGGCCUGCCUCAAAGACCCGGACGAAUACGUGAGGAAGAACGUCACCACGCUGAUACGUGAAGUCGCCAAGCAUACACCUGAGCUGUCCCAGCUGAUUGUGAAUGCUGGAGGCGUGGCCACCGUCAUCGACAGCGUUGGCGAAUCACAGGGCAACGUGAGGUUGCCGGGGAUCAUGAUGCUGGGCUAUGUGGCGGCGCACUCCGAGAACCUGGCUAUGGCCGUCAUCGUCUCUAAGGGCGUGCCUCAGCUGGCUAUCUGUCUGGUGGAGGAAUCAGAGGACCACAUCAAGGCUGCGACAGCCUGGGCCCUGGGUCAGAUUGGGAGGCACUCACCGGAACACGCCCGAGCCGUGGCGGCGGCCAAUGUUCUACCCCGACUGCUUAGGCUGUACACGGACACAGAGAGCUCCGAGGACCUUCAGCUCAAGACUAAGAAGGCUUUGAAGAGCAUCCUGCAGAAGUGCACCUACCUGCCAGCUCUGGAGCCCCUGCUCCACGAGGCUCCCAGCGACAUCCUCAAGCACGUCGUCGGCCAGUUCAGUAAGGUGCUGCCCCAUGACAGCAAGGCGCGGCGUCUGUUUGUCACCAGCGGGGGGCUGAAGAAGGUCCAGGAGAUCAAGGCAGAGCCUGGCUCUCUCCUGCAGGAGAACAUAAACUCCAUAAACAGCUGUUACCCCGAGGAGAUCGUCAGGUACUACUCCCCAGGCUACUCUGAGAUCCUCCUAGAAAGGGUGGAGGCGUACCAGCCAACAUGAUUCCCCGCGGAUACCUCCAGCAUUUUAUCACUCAACAAAAUUACAGGAAAUUACAGAAAUUACAGCUACUGUAACGAUGAAUGUCUGCAUCUUAGGCGAUGAAAAUGUCAAACAUUCAUUGUCAGUCUGAGAAACAUCUGUAUUUUAUUAUAUGUAGCCCUGAUUACAGUUAUCGUUCUGCUAGACAAAUUCUUUGGUUUUACAUAAAUGUCGGUCAUUUGUCAGCAGGGGUAUAAAUGAACAAACUACAAAUACUCUCAUUACUCUAACUGAGUUUUUUUUUUAAUAAUUUGUACUUUAUGAAGUAGUUUAAAAUUGGUGUACUUUUACUUGUACUGUCAUAUAAAGUGCUGUAAAGCAAAUUUCACUCUGCUAUUUAUCCCCCAAGUGUGUCUGCUAAGGAUGUGCAGGAAUUGAUGUGGAAAUAUUGAUUCUAUCCC